AUGAUAGAUUGUACAAACCUGUACGAGCUUCAGGGCUCCCUGACACGGUCAGAUGUUCUCCACAAGUCCAAGAGGAUGACAGUAUCACCCCCGUCAGUAGUGACCCACAAUAAGAGGCAACUGGAGAUCAGGAGAAACUGUUGGCUUGGCAGUCCCAGGAUUCCUAAUGGAUACCCCAGUUUUCAUGGUAGCAAGAAGGUGGGUAAGAAAACUGCACGGGCCUCCUUAAGGACAGGUAUUCCAGGAAAGUAUGUACAAAAGUACAGCAGCAUGCGUCUUCCUCAUCAGGGGCAGAAAGUACUGUUAAAAUCCUGUUCUGUGUAUCAGCCUCCAGCUGGGAAAAAGAAAGAUGAGAGUGUGAAGCAUGAUGGAGAAAACACAGUAGGUGGGACAAACUGUGACUUGUCCAGACACAGGCCAGGAGAAAGUCUGUUCCCCCAGGUUAGUACAGUGUUGGACCAGUCCAAGAGGUGUUCGGUUAGAACAGGGCAGAAGCUGGAGACUGUAGUGUCCAAACUGUGGACCAGGGUGAGUCAGGAAGAACCAAAGUCACAGAUCAACACAGCAGACAACACAGCUGAGACCAAAGCACAGAACUUGCAGUGUGAUAGUUUGUCUGAAAUAAUGGGUAACAUGCAGGAAGAAACCAACAACUCAAGUCAACAGGACCUCUCACUCCAGACCACCAUGGACAAUCCAAGAAAACCAGCAGACACUGGAGUUGAUUGUGUGUAUAGAGGAACAAGUAGGUCCCAACAAGUAGCAGGGAGUUUGCAGAGUGGCAUCUGUGAGGAAGGUUUGAGUCUGAGGCUUUGCCGUGGUACACUUGAAACCAUGGAACCAACUCCUAGUGAAAUGGCCGAGGUACAAGCUUUCAUGGAGGAACCUCCUAAGUUAGAGUGGAUGGGAGACAGGUGCUCCCCUACAUGUGAUAGCACCUGCACCGCCCCACCUCAACUCAUUCCAGUCAAUCUGUCUUGUAACGUUGUGACUGUUCCCAAUGGUAGCAUGUCUGUUGAUUGCAAUGAGAUUGGAACAGCAGAACAGACAUGUUCUAGUCUAUUGAGGAACAACCUACCUGAGAUUUCCACCUCAUCACAGCACGUGAACAGUACAAGUGACCACUACAAGUGUGGUGAAGAACAAGUGCAAAAUAGUGAGCUUUGGGCUUUUCCCCAAGACCCAUACCCAGAUGUGGACAUUGUGAAUGGAAAAUACUUCAUGUCCUUUUCCAACCAGGAGUCUUUGGAGGCCCAUAACAAUGUGGAGGCCAGGAUUGAACGGGAAUUUAGACUAGAUUCACGGCUCUUCAUUCAGAAUGUUCUGGACUUCAAACUUUACUCUGGUAAGCGGAACAAGAGGAAACACAGAAAACCAGAAGGAUGGAAUCCAGGGUUCCACAACAGGCACACCCGGUACAACAUGAUGUUAGUGGAGGAAGUUUUAAAGAGACGAUUCUUACUGUCAGGACGUGGCACCGAGGUCGGCAUGGGUAGACCUUCAUCUGUGCUUCCAGUCCACCCCACGCAAACUGCCCACAGAAGUCAGGCAAGUUGUCAGCCUUCCUGCCAGGCUCAAGGACCUUUCGUCGCACCUCCACGUAAAAGGAGGAGGGGCGAUGACAAAAUUGUAUCCAGAUUUCUAGGGUGUGAGAAGCUCCACUGGAAGAAGAGAGCCAGACUGAUGCUGGACAUGGUACAGGCAGGCACCAUGGUACAGGCACAUACCACUGUACAUGCAGACACUGUGGCACAGGCAGGCACCACGGUACAGGCAGGCACCAUGGUGCAGACAGGCACCACUGUACAGACAGGUAUCAUGGUACAGGCAGGCACCACUGUACAGGCAGGCACCACUGUACAGGCAGGCACCACCGUACAGGCAGGCACCAUGGUACAGACAGGCACCAUGGUACAGGCAGUCACCACUGCACAGGCAGGCACCAUGGUACAGGCAGGCACCACUAUACAGGCAGGCACCAUGGUACAGACAGGUACCACUGUACAGGCAGACACCAUGGUACAGGCAGGCACUGUGGUACAUGCAGACACUGUGGUACAGGCAGACACCACGGUACAGGCAGACACCACAGUACAGAACCACCGUUUCGUUCAUAGUCUGCUGCAGUUCUGA